AUGGCGGACCCGCCGCUCAGUGGGACGCAGGGCGGGCGGAGGGUCCUGGAGGACGCAGAGGCGUUUAAGGCAGAAGAGGUGGCCCUGAGCCUCACUCGGGCAGUGGCAGGCGGGGAUGAGAAGGUGGCCGUGCAGUGUGCCAUCUGGCUGGCAGAGCACAGGGUGCCCCUGAGUGUUCAGCUGAAGCCUGAGGUCGCCCCGCCACAGGACAUCAGGCUGUGGGUGAGGGUGGAGGACGCGCAGACGCACACCGUCACCAUCUGGCUCACAGUGCGCCCUGACAUGACGGUGGCUUCCCUCAAGGACAUGGUAUUCCUGGACUAUGGCUUCCCACGAUCUCUGCAGAGGUGGGUGAUUGGGCAGCGGCUGACCAGAGACCAGGAAACGCUGCACUCUCACGGGGUGCGGCGGGAUGGGGACAGCGCCUACCUCUAUCUGCUGUCAGCCUCCAACACCUCACUCAAUCCCCAGGAGCUGCAGCGGGAGCGGCAGUUGCGGAUGCUGGAAGAUCUGGGCUUCAAGGAUCUCACACUGCAGUCUAGGGGACCCCUGGAGCCUGCUGAUUCAAAGUCCGGAGCACCCCAGGAACCGGGGCGGGGGCAACCAGAAGCCACAUCUGAGCCCCCACCCGUGGGCUGGCAGUGCCCUGGGUGCACCUUCAUCAACAAGCCUACGAGGCCUGGCUGUGAGAUGUGCUGUCGGGCGCGGCCAGAGACCUACCAGGUGCCCGCCUCCCACCAGCCUGAUGAGGGCGAGCGGGCACGCCUGGCCAGCGAGGAGGAGGCACUGCGCCGGUACCAGCAGCGGAAGCAGCAGCAGCAGGAGGGGAACUACCUGCAGCACGUCCAGCUGGACCAGAGGAGCCUGGUGCUGAACACCGAGCCCGCCGAGUGCCCCGUGUGCUACUCUGCGCUGGGGCCCGGUGAGGCCGUGGUGCUGCGCGAGUGUCUGCACACCUUCUGCAGGGAGUGCCUGCAGGGCACCAUCCGCAACAGCCCGGAGGCGGAGGUCUCCUGCCCCUUCAUUGAUAACACCUACUCUUGCUCGGGCAAGCUGCUGGAGAGGGAGAUUCGGGCGCUGUUGAGCCCUGAGGACUACCAGCGAUUCCUGGACCUGAGCAUCUCCAUCGCGGAAAACCGCAGCGCCCUCAGCUACCACUGCAAGACCCCCGACUGCAAAGGCUGGUGCUUCUUCGAGGACGAUGUCAACGAGUUCACCUGCCCCGUGUGCUUCCACAUCAACUGCCUGCUUUGCAAGGCCAUCCACGAGCGGAUGAACUGCAGGGAGUACCAGGACGACCUGGCCCUGCGGGCACAGAACGAUGUGGCCGCCCGGCAGACCACGGAGAUGCUGAAGACAAUGCUGCAGCAGGGCGAGGCCAUGCACUGCCCACAGUGCCAGAUCGUCGUGCAGAAGAAGGACGGCUGCGACUGGAUCCGCUGCACCCUCUGCCACACUGAGAUCUGCUGGGUCACCAAGGGCCCCCGUUGGGGCCCCAGGGGCCCAGGAGACACCAGUGGGGGCUGCCGCUGCAGGAUGAAUGGGAUUCCUUGCCACCCCAGCUGUCAGAACUGUCACUGAGCUGAGGGUGGCCCCGUCCCCACACCAACUGUGAGCUCCAUCUGACCCAGCCAGAGGCCUUGGUGGGCCACCUCUCGGAACUACUCUCAUCUGCUGUCCUGAGCAAGUCUGCAGCUGCCCUGCCCCUGCUGUGACUUUUGGGGGAUGACUGUCCUCUUUCUCUGCGGCCCAAGGCCCAGGGUCUCCAGGAGCAGCUGCUGGGCCGGCAGGGGCCCAGGAGGGCGGUUGGGCUGGUUUUAAAGCUCAGCCCAGCAGAUCCCGCAUCGUGGACACCUCCCUGUCACUGUGUGAGUGAAUUAAAACGGUUUCCAGGAA